CGUCGUGGCAACGUCACAAUUUUAUCCGUGUGACGUCCGCCUUUUUCUGCGUCAGUGGUGCGGCCAUAUUUUGACGAGCAUAACCAUGUUUGCAUCGUUACUCCCCCGAGCCUUCUGCCAGGCCUCAGAAACCAACACUCAAUCCACAAUGGAUCAAGAGCCCCCGCAACAAAUGGGACUCGUUAAGUCGCUGAUGGCCCCGCGAACCAUCGCAGCCGCGGCAGUGGUCGAGGGGGACAGUUGUGAGUUUGGUUCCGCCCAUUACUUCGCGCUGUGCGGAUUAGGCGGUAUCCUUUCUUGCGGUAUCACUCACACCGCCGUUGUGCCCCUCGAUCUUGUCAAGUGUCGGAUACAAGUCGACCCGGCCAAGUACAAGAGUGUGUUUAAUGGUUUCAAAGUCACCCUGAAAGAGGACGGCGCCAGAGGAUUGGCCAAAGGAUGGGCGCCCACUUUCUUCGGUUAUUCCGCCCAGGGUCUAUGCAAGUUUGGUCUGUACGAAGUGUUCAAGGUACUCUACAGCGACCUAAUCGGUGAAGAAUACUCAUACGUCUACCGUACUUGGCUGUACUUGAGCGCUUCAGCUUCGGCAGAGUUCUUUGCCGAUAUCGCUUUGUCGCCCAUGGAAGCGGCCAAGGUCAAGAUUCAGACCACUCCCGGGUUCGCGAACACCCUGAGAGAGGCGUGGCCCAGAAUUUACCGCGAAGAAGGCCUGAACGGAUUCUACAAGUCGCUCGUGCCCCUGUGGAUGAGGCAAAUCCCGUACACGAUGAUGAAGUUCGCCUGUUUCGAGCGCACCGUCGAGCUGCUUUACAAGUAUGUCGUUCCCAAGCCGAGGGCGGACUGCUCCAAAGGAGAACAGCUGGUGGUGACUUUCGCGGCCGGUUACAUCGCGGGCGUUUUCUGCGCUAUCGUGUCCCACCCCGCCGACACCGUCGUCAGCAAGCUUAAUCAGGAAAAGGGUUCGACCGCUUUGGAGGCGGCCAAGAAACUGGGCAUGGCCGGAUUAUGGAAGGGCCUGACCCCGAGGAUAGUCAUGAUCGGUACGUUGACCGCGUUGCAGUGGUUCAUUUACGACGCGUUCAAGGUCGCGAUGCGCAUGCCCCGCCCGCCGCCGCCGGAGAUGCCCGAGUCGCUGAAGAAGAAGCUCGAAGCCACACAGUAGAUCCGAGGGAUAAAUCAAUUGUAAAUGUUGUUUUAAAGUAAUUCUGUUUUCCAGGAGGAACAAAGCUAGGACCCAGUCUUCUUUAAGUUAUUGAUUGUUAAACCGAAAAUCGAGCAGUAUUCGUGAAAAAUGGGAAUAAGGACUUUUUUGUCCUUCCGUAUAAGUCAAAACCGGGGAUUAUAAUGUGAAACUCGCCUUUAUCGAUUUUAUUAUUAUUGUCUGUUAUUUUAGACUGUAUAUAGGAGGAAUACAACGCAGUUGCGAUUGCUUUUCAA